CCAAAACAGUAGGCAGUGUAGCUGCAAGGUGCUCGUGUCAGGCUUUGCGGUUUGGGGAUUUACUUUGCUUCACAUCGACUGUCACGCACACACAGCACAACCGUAGAUACACAAGGCCAGUGUCUCAUGCUAAAAAUUAUGACAUCGUCAUUGUGGGUGGAGGAAUCGUGGGAUUGUCGACAGCACGUGAGCUGAUUAUGCGACACCCUUCUCUAAAGCUUGCUGUGUUGGAAAAGGAGAAAGCAUUAGCCUGUCAUCAGAGUGGUAAUAACAGUGGGGUGAUUCACGCUGGCAUCUACUAUACCCCAGGGUCUCUUAAGGCAAAGCUGUGUGUGCAGGGUGUAGAUCUUGUCUACAAAUACUGUGAUGACAAUGACAUUCCUUACAAGAAGUGUGGAAAGUUAAUUGUGGCCACAACAGCUGAGGAGGUCCCCAGGCUGGAGGGGUUACUGGGAAGGGGACAACAGAAUGGUGUUCGUGACUUACGCAUUAUGGGACCAGAUGGCAUUAGGGAGAUUGAGCCUAACUGUAGGGGAUUGAAGGCCAUCCAUUCGCCUCACACCGGUAUCGUUGACUAUGGCCGUGUGGCCAGGUCGUAUGGGGAGAAUUUUCAGCGACUCGGUGGAGAUGUCUUGACAGAGUUUGAGGUCAGUGAGUUCAGACUAACCUCAAAGAGCAUCGGGGAUCUGUCUCAUCCCGUGACUGUCGCCAACAAACAAGGACAGACAGUGCAGGGUAGAUAUGUGCUGACCUGUGGUGGACUACAAGCUGACAGGCUGGCUGAGAAGUCUGGCUGUGAGCGUGAGCCACGCAUUGUGCCAUUCAGGGGAGACUACUUGCUGCUGAAGCCAGAGAAGAGUAGUAUGAUCAAUGGAAAUAUAUACCCAGUUCCAGACCCCCGCUUUCCCUUCCUGGGUUUUCAUUUCACCCCUCGUAUGGAUGGCAGUGUGUGGCUAGGCCCAAACGCUGUCCUGGCAUUUAAGAGAGAAGGCUAUCAGCUGACAGACUUCAGUUUGACAGACUUCAUAGAUGCUGUCCGUUUCAGAGGACUACGGAAGCUAGCAAUGAAACACCUGACAUUUGGUAUGCGAGAGAUGUACGAGGCGUUCAGUUUGUCAGCCAGUGUGAAGAAGCUACAAAAGUUUGUCCCAUCUUUAACUGUGGAUGAUGUCAUCAGAGGCCCGUCAGGUGUAAGGGCCCAGGCCUUGGAUCAUGACGGAAACCUGGUGGAUGAUUUUGUGUUUGAUGGAGGACAAGGCGACCUAGGCAGUCGACUCCUGCAUGUACGCAACGCGCCAUCUCCGGCUGCCACAUCAUCACUAGCUAUUGCGAAGAUGAUCGCAGAUGAAGUUCACAAAAGAUUUCAGCUAUGAUAUUAAACUGUUCAUGAUUUUCAGGGAAUUUAUGUGGUAAUUCUGUAUGGGUAUAAUUAGGUGGGUGCAGUAUUACUCAAGUUUCUGGUGUUACAUUUAUAAUUUGUCUUUCAUGCUUCAUUUGCAAUAAAUAUUUUGUAUACAUUCUUCUAGGGUAUUGGUUUGCAUUCUGAAUACAUUGUCAAAGGUUUAUUAGUGAGAAUAAUGCAUUGUACUGGUAUUAAGUCAUAUUAAUUGGUAUCUAAUGACACUCUCAGUUUAGUGAUGCUUAAGUUAAGUUUUUUGGUGAUAUGUUGAAAUUGUCGUGAAGCAGACAGGUCUAAAGGUUUUAUUGAAUACACUCUUCAGAUGAUUUAGCCAAGGUGGUAAAUGCAGUAACUGAAUUGAUACACCUGUCUGAUUCUGUGGAGUCAUAUCUCUGCAAAUGAAAGACUAAGAUAAUAAAAUAAGCAGGUUACUAUAACAUGUAAAACCUUGUACGAGUAAUUUUGUGUGUGGUGAUUCAGUAGGACUUUUCAGAAUACAAGUACAUUGUCACUCUGAAUCUUGAGAUUAUCAUCUUGGUGACAGGAUAUUUUGAUAUACAUUAACAAGUGACAUGUCAUAAAUUGUGAGACUUUCAUUUACCGGAUCAAAUUCUUUUACCCCAGACAGAAAAGUAUUUGAAAUAUUGGUGGCGGGCCAGAGGGAUUUGUCAUGAUGGCUCUUGCCACAGUGCAUAACAUGUCCCCCAAAAUUUCUGCUGCCUCACACCAUCUGAUGUGAAAUAGAAAUCCCGACAAUACUGAAAAUUACAAAUGUCAAAGCGAUGACAUGACCAGAUUGUUAUCGGCUCGUUAAAUUAGGCACCCAAGUGUGUUUAUGUUGUGUUUUAACAGGAACAUGGUUGAAUUAAUAUAUAUUAUGAGACAGGAACUCAAAGAACUGACAGUUGAUUUAAGAGAGAGUUAUUUAAGCCUGUUAAUGGUUCCUAUAAAAGACCAUCCACUGAAGACCAGGUGUAAAUACAGGACAGGCUGGCUGAGGUUUCACUAGAAAACUUGUUCAUAAUUAUGUUUGUGUCUGUAGACUUAAUCCACUCAUUUUCACCUGUGUAUUGUGUACUUUUAUAGGUCUUGCAAGUGACAUCAGGGCUAAAUUAGCAAUUUUACAUGAAAUUUAUCAGUGUCAUUGACAAUCAUUGUGUAUGUUUUAACUUCAUAGUCGAAUUUGAAUCAUACUGUGGCAUAUAUUUCAUUAUUUAUGGGAGGGGUAGAACCAAUUCCAAAAUGUGUGUUCGAUGGGGAGGAGUGGUAGGGGAUAAAACUGAGUGAGUGUCCUGGGAUGUCCCCUAAGAAAUAUGGCUAACUAAUAGAAGCUCAUUGGUAUUACAUGGGUUUUGGCAGGGUAACGGUACUCAAAUGAAGCGGUCAUGUUCUGUGUACGAUACUGUCUUCGGGUCAAGUUUGUCACUGGCAUAUUGUUACAAGAGGCAGAGGUUAUUAUUUUGAUGACGACUGUUUAUCUGUCUGUAUCCUUGUCCAUAUUGUAUUCCAGAUCGAAGUUUAAUGCUAUAGUUUUACUUUUUGGAGACAUGUUUAAAAUCAGCAUGUUUCUGAUUGGGAUGCUACUUUUGGAAAAACCAUGCCAGUAAUCUUCCAGUAACUCAGAAUUUAUGUAUCCAUAUAUGUUCAUAUGCAGGUCUUUGAUUAACUGUAGUUUUAUUUUCAGUACUUUUCCAUUUUGAUAGAGAUUAUUAAGAUUAUGUGCUGUAACCAAGUCUUGUUCAGUUCCACGGUCGCUGUUAUAACCAGAUUGGCUUAACCUUCAGUGAACUCAAUAAACAUUCAGCUCUGACUCCUAAUUUUGGGAAGUAGGACAUGUAUAUUGGUUGAACAUAGUCAAUAUAUCCGUGUAUAGGGAUGCACACUUAUCCUGUUUGUUUGUUGCCAUAGUAAAUGUGCAUGUAAAGAGGCAUUAACCUUUCUGUAACCUGUAUACUUGCAUAAGUGCAGAAACGAUGCAGAUCUAGUUCAGCAGUUGUCAUCCAAAGACUUUGUCACAGGUACACAUGCAGCUAAUUAUAACAGCCUGUGACUGAAAAAUGGCAGGUAAUCAUUGUAAAUCUUGGAUUGAUGGUAAUGUAAAUUCUGGGUGUACCUUGAUCAAUAUGAAUAUAUCACCUUGGAACACAGAUAGUUUCUGUUCAUGCACAAAGACAUGUAGGUACAAUCAGAAGUUGUC